UUAACGUUUGGGUCAAUGAUUUAUGCGUAUCGAGCGUCAAGCAUUUCUGUAACACCGAAUGUUGGGAAAAAAAAUGGCUAGAAAUUCUUGGAAUUGAAGAUAUGUAGGGAAAAUUGUGAUCAUCCUGGAAAUAAAAUGCAAGAAAAAGAAUGAUUUGAGAGUAAGCUGACAAUGGCGACAGAGAUCAGAACCAGGCCCUCGGUCACUGACGAGGAGCUGUUUGGAAAUGGUCCCGAGGAACCUGACACAGGGCUUAAAGAACAGCUGCGGCGUACAAUCAGCCGAGAAGGCAAGAAAAGACAACAAGAAUUCCGGACCUCCAAAAAUGACAAAGAGUUUGAGGAGGACUCUGACAGAGAGAACGACGAUGACGUGUUUGUCGGCGUGCAGAUCCCAACCGAGGUGAGAACGGAGAGGAGUAAGAGUGACUCGAAUCUCCCCGAUCUUGUCCUGAGCAGUGCUAGUACUCAGUCAGAAGGGAACAAAGAGGCGAGGCUUAACUCUGAAGAGUCUCCAGACGUGGUGAUAAGAAAAAUCUCACCGGCAGGGUCUGGGCGGGAUGGGGAAACUAAGGACGGAAGCCAGGGGGAAGAGAAUCAGAGUAUUGUAGGCCCUCUGCCAGCAACAAAAGACAAGUCCUCACCAAAGUUCAGGAGAUCUGUAAGUUUUCAAGACCAAGUUAAAGAUAGAAAAGACAGCAAAUCAAACAUGGACACUGAAAGUCGGAGGAAAGAAUAUCGGAAGUCGAGUGGAUAUGGCACAGGUGGGAGUAAUACGUCGCUGCAGUCUCAGAUGAGUAACAUGUCGAACACGAGUCAAGACACCGAGGGAGACGUCCAACAACAGGGUACUCAGAAGCUGACAGAGUUAAAUAAUCCCGCUGUAUCAACAGACAAGAGCCUGGAUCCUAGUCAAGGGUCAAAGAUGGACGUCCAACCUAAGGCUUCUCAGAAAAUGACAGAGUUAAAUAAUCCCUUUGUAUUAAUAGGCAAGGGCUUAGAUCCUGUAGUCCUAGCUAAGAAAUUAGAACCUUCAGGAAUAAGCAGGAAUGGUGAGCUGAUAGAAAUGAGCAAGAGGAUUGAAUCUAGGGGAUCUGUGUUACCAUUAAUGUAUGAGGGGGAUAAGACCGGGGUUAGAAUUAUUUCCAGAAGAGGACCCCAGCCAGAUGGCAUAGUGUCACCUGUCAGAAACUUUCAGUCUCCAGACAAUGUUGAUGAUUGCUUUACUUCAAGAGAUGAAGAAGACCAGACCACACAGAUAUCAAACCUUAUUCCAGAGGUUGUGACUUCUAUACUUAACCAACCCUCUAUAGAGGACACACCACCAAAUGACCUCUUACCACUUCUCAGCAUAAUGCAACCAUCAAAUGUUGAGGAUUCUCCUAUACCAAACCAGGAGGAAGGAUCCAGCAAUUUGUCACAUGGGGGAGUGGAUCCAAAUGCCAGCAGCCAAGAGGGUGGAUCAAACAGUUCUCCAACAGAAGGAGGUGGUGCUGAUGAUCUGAGCCAUCAUGAUAGUUCUGUCCAGCUGCCUGAUUUUGAACAAAUUUUAGAUCCAAAAACUCCAGACAUUGCUAACAUUGUUUCACCCAGUCUCAGAUUGUCCAAGGAGGAGGCGAUAAAAAUUCUGGCUCAGUAUGGUAAUGCUCGUCAGCCGUCCUUGCCCUCGUCAGCAGGGGUACCAGUAAAUCUACAAAUCCCGGACCGACUCCCGGCCACCCCCGAUGUCCCUCUCCCCAGACAACCCCCCUCCACCGGACACUCCAGCUAUGGAAUUUCCAAUAUCACCAGUGCUUUUCUUAAGAAUCCACAGAUAUUUAAUUUUGAAGUAGAAAAUCUACAGAACAUUUUACGGAUCAUUGGAACACCAACGUCAGGAAUUGGGAUCAGAGAGGGCUCCCUUGCCUCUGAUGUCUCUGUGCCUUGUGUAGAGAUCGCGUCACGAUGCAAAGAUAGAGACUGCUCACUACGCAAGUGUCAAAUGAUGAAGGCAGCCCUGAUUGGUCUACAGCACACCUUGGACGGGUUCCUGGAGAUUUCGGCCUCCCCGGACGUCCAAAAUCUGUGUCUCCGACUCUACGAACAUGCCAAAAACUGCGAGGAGCCGCCCGUUAGGUGCACUAUACCCUGGUGUUACCUCCUCAGAAGAUUUUCUGAGGAGGAGGGUGUCACAAGUUAUGCUGCGUUUUUCUGGAUUAAGCGUCAGUUUGACACGCCGGUCUGUGAUGAGGACAUCUUUCCUGAAGAGGAUCUAGAACAGUUCAUUAAGCUUCAGUCUUCACAUCACCACACGGAUUCGACGUCGUUUGAGGUCAUAUCUCGGAUUGAACUGCCUGGUCACUACGGAAAUGUGGCCCUGGUGUCCGAGGUGACCCCUCCUCUGGCCUCGUUUGAUUCCGAGAUGUCCACAACUGACCCCCUCUACGUAAUAAAACAAAUCAGUAAUGAUGAAUCUGAUACUGAUGAAACACGGGUAUUUGAGAGACUGAGAGAUCUAGAACACCCCAAUUUGAUUCACCACUACUGGAUUGCUGUCUAUCAAAGUCACACCAACAUCUGUCUACAGUACAUACAAGGUGAUACACUGGAGACCGAACUACAGCGACGUAUGUUAUUCGCCCCACACAUGGUUCUACAGAUGAUGAGAGAAGUGUUAGACGCUGUGGAUUUCCUCCAUAGGAAUGGAAUUAUCUACCUCUACUGGUCAUUGGGUAACAUUUUACUGGACAGUUUACACAGACGACUCAUCAUUAACAACCUGACCCUGUCCGUGACUGAUGAUGGACUUUAUGAUGAGGGGUACACCAAACAGUCCCUACCCCCAAGUCUGGUCCCUCCAGAGAUGUUUGAGGGUGAAUCGUUGACCCAUGACAGUGACUGCUGGGGCGCGGCAUGCGUUAUGGUUCACCUGUUAUCAGGUCAUCAGAUCUGGUACAGUCAUCGUCAUGACUCCAGAGAGGAAUUGUGGGAAAAGGUUAGAUCAGGCUGCUCCCCUUUCACCUCAGAGGAAGUUAAAAUCAAAGACACAUCGCUGUUAGCACUACUUAAGGAAUGUUUUAAGUUAAAAGUGAGUGAGAGAAUAUGUUUUGUGGAACUUCUGAGAAGAAUUAAGUCUGCAUCAACUGAUGGGAAUUUUGCUCACUUGUCUGGUGGUUCCUAGUGAAUACACAAACUCACUGCAGUGGUCUGUCACCUCAGCUUAAUCAGUUCUCAGUAUGUCAAUGCUACCACUGGGACUUCAUUCUGUUGUGACCAGGUUCUGCCAAAACUCCCUGAAUGCAAUUUUUCUUUGUCAGCAUCAAUUAUAGAGAUCAUGCAUUGGAAUAUGUAAAUAUGUAUACCUUGGAUAUGUCAAAUUCAGUAUGAUAUUUUUAUGGUCAGUACAUGGAAUGACAUAUUUAUUAUUCAAGUCGGAAUGAUCUCCACACCUCUACAUGUAACACUGCCACAAAGUGGGGAGGCCAGAAAUGUGUUGUUCUUAUGAAAUUACGUUUGUGCCAUAAAAUUUUUAAACAAUUCAACUAUUUCUGGUGUACAUUUGUUACUAGUACUUGUAAUUUUUGGUCAUCAGGAAAAGAAAACGAGAGAGCUUGAUAUGUGUGGUUUGGUAUGUGUAGUUAACGGCUUGGUAAUACAAAUAUUGCUUGGUAACAGAUGCCCAUUGGUUUAUGUACAGUUCACAUUCCAUGUAUGUUGCUACAAAAGAUUUUAAGUUGUGACUGUUUGUGAACCAUUUUAUUUUGUCUGUUAAUAUAAACUAGAAUUGUCUAUUUUUAGAAACCUUUUUUGUUAAAAGUUGCUUCUUUGUUUCUUUUAUAUGCCUUGACACUUGACAGCAUGUAAAUGGGGUACUGCAAUGGAGCACCUAGUUAUUAUACACUAUUUUAAAACUUACUACAUGUACUCUCUUUCAGCUAUCGUCACAUGAAUACAAAGUGUCUGCCUUCUAUAAAUAUUCAAGAUUCUGUAUAGUGUUAUAACCUUGUAAAUAUUAUAGAUAUAUAUGUAUAUAUAUAUUUAUAUUUAGUUUUAUGGCUUGUUUUCUUGUGAUGUUUUAUGUAGAAAAAUUUCACACUUUAUGUGGCGACCCGUUGCCUUUCAAUUCAAGAAAAUAUACAUGUAUUCACUAGUUGUGGAACAAAUGUGCUGAGAUAGGGGUUCUGUCUUACGGUUCUAAAUCUCACUGUGAUCUCAGCCUUUCCUACUGCCUAAGCUUAUUGUGUUUUUCUUAAGCUGGAGAAAUUAGGGGGAGGGUCGCUUAUAAUGACGUAUAGCCUAGGGGACUGUGUUCUUUGUACAUCUAUCUUGUCACUGCAUUGCUCAAAAUCACGAGUUUCAGAAAAAAAAAUAUAAAGAAAGUGAAGCUAGUUUCACAUUUAUUUUAAAAUGUGGACAAAUAUGUCAGUUUUUUUUAUACAAGCUUGUGAAGAAUUUUUCCAUAUUGUUAGUGUAUAAAUGUAUAUAUAUGUAUACACUUGUAUAAAUACUAGGAUAAUUAAUGGUCUUUGUUAGUGAACCUGUUAAGUUUGUCUGGAUUUGUUGACUUUGGUGCAUUGUUUCUUGUGGAUGCAAAGAAGAAGCUCACCUUGUUGUUAAUAUCUUUGUUUGAGUUUUUGUUUUUUAUUUUACAUUUUUACUUGAAAAAUGGCAAAAGAAUUGGUGACCUAUUUUGUGACCUAUUUUAGGUAGUGGAAGUGGUAAUGUUUUUACAUAUUCUGGAACAAUCUAAAUUUAGGUACUAAAAAUGAAUUCUGAAUCACUCUUCUUGUUGCCCCUCCAUUUUCUUUACGUUAAUUUUAACAUAAGCUACAAAUCAUACAUGUACAGUACAUGUAGUUAGUUUAAGAAUCUUCCCUCCUGCUACACUUUAUAGUUUUAUGAACUUGGAAGAAUUUCAAAAAUUAUACUCAAUUGGCUUCAUUUACUGAAUAAUGAAAUAAGUUAAUGAUGUGACAAAUUGUUAAAAGACAUAAUAAACAUUUCUUUUCAUUAGAAAUUACUUAGAUUUUAGGUGGCAUAAUAGGGUAAACUUUUUACUUUUAACAAAGAAAUAGUGGUUUUAGAACAAGAAGGGUUAUAUUUUUGAAUUUAAAAAUAUCUGUUAUGGUUUAGGAUGAAUUCUGUACCCUGGGAUGAUAUAUACCAAGGACUGAUUAUGUUAAAUCACAGUCCUGAUUAAUAAAUGUUGAUGUAUAUAUACUGUAUACAGGGUUAUUUUCGCCCCGCUUUAUAUUCGCCCUUUCACACUUGCAAACAAUUUUGACCCAUUUUAAAUUUGCCCAGUCACAGAUCUGUUUAAUAAAUUAUACUAUAUUCUUUGAAUUUGCCCCUUUUACAUUCGCCUUAACCUAGAUCAUGGUGAAAGGGGUGAAAAUAAAACAGGCGCGAAAAUUUUGUUGUAUACAGUAUUCUUUUGUAAUUUUACAGUAGAGAUCUUGAUUGUUGGUAUAGUUUUGUAGAACUCAAUUUUAUCUAUAUACAAGAGUUUAGUUUUAUUAUAUACCAAACCAUGCUUGAUAUUUACACUGUCCUAAUGUCCUCAGACAGAGGUGAUAUGCCUUGAACCAUUUUAUGCAGCUUUUCAUAGCCUCGCUUUGUUGAUUUCUGUUUUCAAAACCAUUAUUUCGUUAAGAAAAAUAAAAUUGAAGCAGAAAAGUGA